AUGGCACACUCUGUCCGUUCGCCGACUUCGGGUGGCUUUCCUCAUUCAAGCACAUCCAUCCGACAAGGAUCAAGUGCGUCUCAGUCUAGUCAAGGAUCACAAAAGCCGCUAGAUUAUGUGUACUUUGACCGCACAACUGCCGGAUUUUCUGAUCAAGCUCUGCCCAAAGCAAAGGGAGCCCAACUGAAAUUGGAACACUACUACAAGGUUGCCGUAGAUGCUGCCAUUGAACGAAAUGCAAGACGCGUAGAACUCGAGCGCCGUCUUCAAGCGGACCCUUUGAUGUCGGAUGAACGAAAGCAACGACAAUUGCAGCAACUUGGAAGAAAGGAAUCAGGACACCUCCGGUUGAGGAGGACAAAGCUCGGUUUAGAUGACUUCCGCACAGUCAAAGUCAUUGGGAAAGGGGCGUUCGGCGAGGUCAGGCUCGUUCAAAAGACUGAUACAGGAAAGAUCUACGCGAUGAAAACUUUGAAGAAAGAAGAGAUGCUGAAGAAAGAUCAGCUUGCUCAUGUUCGGGCUGAACGUGACGUCCUCGCAGAGUCGAAUUCCCCUUGGGUCGUACAGCUUUUCUAUUCGUUCCAAGAUCCUUCGUACCUCUAUCUUAUAAUGGAAUUUCUUCCCGGAGGAGAUCUGAUGACCAUGCUCAUCAAAUACGACACCUUUUCCGAAGACGUCACCAGGUUCUAUAUGGCGGAAUGUGUAUUGGCUAUAGAAGCAGUCCAUAAGCUUGGGUUUAUACAUCGUGAUAUAAAACCUGACAACAUUCUAAUUGACAAGGAUGGUCACAUUAAACUCAGCGACUUUGGGUUGUCAACUGGUUUUCAUAAACAACACGAUUCCAACUACUAUCAACGGCUCCUCGAGUCAGCUACAAGAAAAAGCCAGACACCCGUUUCUGCAACUCAAGCAGCCCGUAACAGUGUGAUGGUUAAUUCCAUUAAUCUAACCAUCUCUAACAAGGACGAAAUUGCAACUUGGAAGGCCAACAGGAGGAAGUUGGCUUACAGUACAGUCGGAACACCGGAUUAUAUUGCUCCAGAAAUCUUCCUCCAACAGGGUUAUUCCAACGAAUGUGACUGGUGGUCGCUUGGUGCUAUUAUGUUUGAAUGCCUAGUCGGUUAUCCCCCUUUCUGCAGUGAAAAUACCGCAGACACGUAUCAAAAAAUCCUUCAGUGGCAAAACUAUCUUGUCAUUCCAGACGACGUUCACCUUUCCGAUGAAGCUGAAGAUAUGAUCAGGGGACUUAUUACUGCCGCCGAUCGGCGGCUCAGUGUCGACCAGAUCAAAGACCAUCUAUUCUUCUAUGGUGUUGACUGGGAAACAAUACGACAAAUCGAUUCGCCGUUUGUGCCUCGGUUACGGUCAAUUACAGACACGUCUUACUUCCCCACCGAUGAAAUAAAACAGGAUCCCGAAGACGCCCCUGCGCAGUCUAGUGAAGCAAGCAAUGAUCUCGCGUUUCUUGGGUACACGUUUAAGAGAUUCAAUAUUUCUUCUCAUCCAUAA